UAGGUGCAGACAUUAAUGCCAGUCCCAAGUGCCCUGCGAAAUGCAAACUUUGUGGGACAGCUGGUUGUAGAAUUUGUCACAGACCAUUUAUAUAAUGUGUCAAGUCCAACACAUACUCUUCUGACACCAGUCGAACUAUAUGAUCCAGGAUUCAUGGUUCCAUCGAAGAAAUACAGAGGCGUAAGGCAACGUCAUUGGGGCUCUUGGGUCUCUGAGAUCCGCCACCCAAUUAUGAAGAAAAGGGUGUGGCUAGGUACAUUCGACACACCCGAAGAAGCAGCCAAAGCCUAUGAUCAUGCUGCUACAUUGAUGAGUGGCAGGACUGCAAAAACCAACUUCCCCGUCGCUGUUCCUGGCCAAGAUUCCAAUGAGGCCAAUGACAAUAGUUACGGAAAUGGAGCCAUCCCAACGACUCCUGAUCGCGGCUAUGAAGAUUCUGGAUCAGCUACAAAGAGUAACAGGGCGGAAACAAUUAUAAAAGAAAAACUUAAAAAGUGGAGUGAAAGAAGAGUUGCGCCAUCACUCAUAUGUUUGAUGCUUGAUACUAAAAAUUCUCAUAUUGGUGUCUGGCAAAAAAGGGCAGGAGCUAUCUGUUCGCAUUCGGAUUGGAUCAGCAAGUUUGAUCUACACAACAAUCCCGAUUUCACUAAGUGUCAGAAUUCUAGCAUUAAAAGAGAAACCGGAGACGAAGAAGACAGAAUCGCUUUGCAAAUGAUUGAAGAACUUUUGAACUAGCAAUCAAGAAAUUAAGAUCAGUAAUAAAUUUUUACUAGAUAUCUACAUGGACUUCAGUAUAAGAUUUCUAUGUAUACUUUGUAUGCUACAGAUAUACCAUAUAUUAUUGUACUUGUGAGAAUUGAGGGUACAGGAGUUAACAUAUAUAGAGUUACGAGAAUAAGAAUUUAUUGUGUUUGCAGAAGAUCGAAUCGAAAUUGUGUCAGGCCUCCUGUCUUUUUUCACUA